GGACAGUACCCGGCGUGGAUAUUUCAACGAUUCAACCCAAGUCGGCGAUGAUGACGAUGAUCCGAAAGGGGGGUGUGUCGCAAGUCUUCAUCUUCCAGCCCAUGAAAGCUUUGGCCCUGACCCUUCUGUCAAGAUACCUUCUACACCAUUCGCGCCCAACUACACGUACUUCUACAGUAGCCGUUGCACAGCUGUGAAGAGCUCUCGCAUUAUAGCCGCUGCUGCUGCUUCGAUCCCAUAACUUCACCGUUUGGCCCAUUCCGCAGAUAUUGGAUCUGGGCAGGGAGCUGCGCAAAGGGCCGUUUUGUUGGGUACAUCUACGGAUUGCAUAGGGCCUGACAAACCCAUAUAUUGGUACGCAUUGGAGAUCUGUGGCAGCCCAGUAUCAUCGGAUGCUCGACGCUGCUGUAUCCUAGGUUAUAGACUGGCCGCUGGUCUGGAAAAAGACAGGUUCCCAAACUGCAGCAUCAUGUCCUCUCGGCUUGCAUCUUGCCUCAUACGCCGCCGUCCCGCUCAGUCUUCACGCUCGGUUCCGGCUGGUAUACUCCGGACCACACCUUGCCGGCCGUAUUCGUCUGCCAGUCACUUCAACCUGGCCACUGCCCCCGCAUCGCCGGUUCGGCCUUUCUUCUUUCGGGCGAUUCUGUCUACCCUCCGCUUUUCUUUCCGUGCUCUGUUUCUCACAACACUCGGCUUUGUGAUCGCGGCCGCGCCUGCCUACGACACCAUGGUUGCCAUCACUUCACCGCCCAGCGACGCCGAAACCGUCUCUCUAUUUACCCCCCCGGAUGAUGACGCUCAGGCCAAGGAGAACUUUAUCAACUCGCAUCCCCUGACCCUCUCCCUGAGGGCCAAUCCCGACUUCAUCGAGUCACGUCCACACAUGAAGAUUCCUGAGGCAUGGCGAAAACGAAAUCUGACGGGUGGCGUCCUCAUGGGUUCAGGAAAAGUGGUGGUUCCGCCCUUCAGCUUUUCCGAGAAGACAGGAAAGAACUUCGUGCAGAUAUCCCACGUUGGAACUGAUCUGUGCGGUCACAUGGGCGUUAUCCAUGGCGGUUUUCUGGCUACGAUGCUCGAUGAAGGUUUGGCCAGAUGCUGCUUCCCCGUGUUGCCUUUCAACGUCGGCAUGACGGCCAAGCUGGACAUUAACUACAAAGCUCCCGCCGUGGCAGACCAGUAUCUUGUCUUACGGGCCACCACCGUCAAGGUGGAAGGACGAAAGGCUUGGGUGGAAGGCCACAUCGAGACACUCCCGUCGAAGGAAGGAGAGGAGCCAACCGUAUUGGUGACAGCAAGCGCUCUCUACAUCUCCCCCAAGCAAGCAGCGACAAUGGCAAAAGUGUAUCCUGUCAAGUAGAAGCUCAUAGAGGACAUGAUGCCUGCAGCCUGUAAUAUAGUCCCUUCAGGAGCACCGGGCACGCAGGCUGUAGGACGUACAAUUAUCAAAGGAAGAGGAGUGGCCAGUCGACUGAAUACUUUAAUCGGGCUUGUUGGCCGCCGACACCUGGAGUUCCGGUACUACUUCGUAGACAAGGUGGGUGGAAGAGGCAUACUAGACCCUCCUAGAUCUCUAACACACAUACAAACUCGCAUGUUUAUCAAUGGGCGUCCGUAGACUGCCCGACCUGUAUGCAUCGUAGCCCCCUUUACCAUCUGUAGACGGAGUGCCGAAAAGAUGUCGAUGUAGACCGGAGGUUGAAAG